AUGAAUCACUUACAACAAGGUUGGUUCACUGAGUCCGUUACAUGGCCAGGUGCUGGACUUUCAUUACAAGUAGAAGAAGUCCUUCAUAAAGAAAAAUCCCCGUAUCAAGAUAUCAUGUUAUUGCAAACCAAAUCAUUUGGAAAAGCUUUAAUUUUGGAUAAUAUAAUUCAAUGUACAGAGUUUGAUGAGUUUUCAUACCAAGAGAUGAUAAGUUUCUUGCCACUUUGUAGCCAUCCUAAUCCAGAAAGAGUUUUGGUGGUGGGUGGUGGCGAUGGUGGUGUUGCACGUGAAACCGUUAAACAUCCAAAAGUUCUUAGCGUUGAUGUUGUUGAAAUUGAUGAAAGAGUAGUGAAACUUUCAGAACAAUAUUUACCAUUUAUGGCUUGUGGAUUUAAACACGACAAAGUUACACUGCAUAUUGAAGACGGGUUUGAAUUUAUGAAAAACAAUGCCCAACGAUUUGACAUCAUCAUUACAGACUCUUCAGACCCCGUUGGUCCAAAUGAGUCGUUAUUUCAGAAAACUUAUAUUGAAUCAUUGAAAAGAUCAUUAAAACCUGGUGGUAUCAUAUGUUCCCAAGUUGGAUCAAUUUGGAUAAAAGAAGAUCAGGAUACAAUGAUCAGAUUGUCCAAAGAUUGUUCAGCAAACUUUAAAAAGGUCACUCUAGCCACUAUAUCUAUCCCAUCUUAUCCAACUGGAAACAUCAGUUUCAUUUUGGCUACAGACAAUGAGCUAGUAAAUUUCAAAAUACCAGCAUAUAGUUUCACGCCAGAAGAAAUGAAUAAACACAAACUCAAGCAUUACUCGCCAGAUGUACAUUCUGCUUCAUUUAGUAUUCCUAGGUUUGCUCGUAUGAUUAUUCCACAUAUUAAUUGCUAA